AUGCCGGAGUUGAGAGACUUGGAGCCGGUGGGGGUGGGUCUCCGUGUCACCACGUCUCCCACCCAGACCGUAUUCUAUAUCAUCUUGGUCCUGCUGGGCAUUGUGGGUAACGCCACGGUGGUUGGCGUGAUCGGGGACAGCGUGUUCAAAGACCCCAGUAGAGGACAUAACUCAGACAUCAUCCUGAUAAACAUGGCCCUCUCUAACCUGCUGGUGUCUGUCCUGAGGAACGUCCUGCUGGUCAUCUCUGACCUGGGGAUGGAGGUAAGGAGCUGGAUGGGACUGGGACUGGGGUCGGGCACUGUGGUAGGGCAUGCCAUGAAGAAUGAGGGCUGUAUGUGGGUGCUUGAGACAAGGGGGAGGAAGGUAUGCGGAUUGUGUGUGGUUUGGCCUCUAAGUAAAAGGGUUGUGAUUAUGGGAUUUGGUAUUUGAGAUAUAGGAGAGAUUUGAGCUAGUCUUUGAGGAAUGGUACUUUAAAAUGCAAGGGCUAGGGAGGGUGGUGUGGUCUGUAACUAGAGAUAUGAUGUGAGACAAGAAAGCAAUCUGACAAUAUACCGUGGAAUACUUACUGAUAAGACCAUUGUUCAGGUCGGCACUAUUGUGUACACACAUAAAAACUGACACCCAGCUCUCUCUCUAGCUGAACUCUUCCAGAGACUGGUGUCAUGUCCUGAUGGGGGUGUGGGUGUGGCUUCGCUCAGUCAACGUGUGGUCAACACUCUUCCUCAGCGCGUUCCACUUCCAGACACUGAGGCGUGUGGCCCCUCUCCCAGGGACUGUUCACGGGCCCCACAGACCCCCCAAGACCCUCCUGAUUAGCCUGGGCCUCAUCUGGUCCCUCAACCUGAUCUAUGCUAUACCUGCACAUAUCUACUCUACCAACGGGAACAAGAACAGCACAGAGGUAGGACCCUGAUUCAAUAUAAGCAGAGUGAUAGACAUUUGUGAUGAUGUUCCUCUUUGAAUUGUGGGAAAAUGUCUUACACCCCUUCUCCACCUUCUCUUCCCAUCCCAUCUCCUCUUCCCUCUCUCCUCCUCUCCUCUAUCUCCUCUCUCUUCCCCCUCCCCUCCAGACCCUGAUGGUGGUCAGCAGCACCACGCGCCCCCUGCUGGGCUGUGUGUGGAACUUCCCCUCCAGCUACGAGGGCCUGGCCUACGCCACCACCUCCAUGGUGAUCCACGAGAUCCUGCCUAUCAUCCUGAUGGCCAUCACCAACCUGGGCUCCCUCUACACGCUCUACACCCACGGCAGGACCCGCAACCCCGCACACAUGACCCAGGACGCGCCCGUCAUCAAGAGGGUACCGGCUGAGAGACGGGCUGCCAAGGUGAGAGAGACUGGAGGGGAUUCAGAAUGAUGCCUUGUUGUGUGUGGCCUGCAGCCUGCUUAUUUUGGAUGGAAAGAAAUACAACAUGUGAUUUGUACCUGUAACAUUGCUAUUGUCGUUAAAAAUAAUUCUCUCCCUGCCCUCCCUUUCUCUCCAGGUGAUUCUAGCCCUCAUCGUGCUCUUCAUUGCGUCAUGGGGAACCAGCAUCAUCUCUAUAAACUACUUCAACUACAACCGAGGUUCGUCAGCCGGGUUCCUCCUGGUUAUAGCUCGCUUUGCUAACACCAUCUUCAUCGCCAUUUCGCCCAUUGUGCUGGCAGUGGGUCACCGGCGGCUGCGUGCUGUCAUUAAGUAUUUUCUUACUCACUGA